AUGGACGACAAUGAUAUUCAUAAUCUUGAUACCGAAUAUAAACGAUAUUUACAAAUUAUGAGACCAUAUUUGGGACAGCUCCUGGACCAAGAAGUAAUACACACAUGCAAUGCUUGGAUACAAAAGCUCUCAGACUGCAAAGAAGGUGAAAAGGUUUUAAGAAAUAAAUAUAUAUUUACUCUUUGCUACCAACUUGCUAAAGGUAUACUCGAGGAGCCGUUUUUAAAAGCACCUUCAAAGAAUUACUUAUCCCCGCUACCUGAUGACUCUUACAGUGACGAGUCUUCAACUGAAAUCGAAUGUGUAGUUAUUAAUAAAGAUACAAACACGAGAAUUAUAUACCAUAACCCAAAAACUCCUUUAACUGCUGUAGGUGGCGAUGAACAAUGUUAUAAUGAUACGCCCUUAAACUCGAUACAUAACAUCUCGAAACAUACACAUAAUUUACAAGAUUCGUCUAAAUCGCAGAUACUAACACAAGACAUUUUAUCAAAUGACGAUUUCCAAUACCUAUUUUGUAACGAAAAUGAAAAAGGUGAUACGGCAAAUGAUGCGAAAUAUAAAUGUAGAGUGUCUAACCUGAUAAAAAAAUUGAGACAAAUUAAAAAACAAAAUAUGUUACUCCAUAACGAACUACAUGCUUUGAAAGAGAAGUCAGAAACUAGUCUUGAUAAUUCUCAAGAUGUUUUAAAAGUAAACAAUGAAACAAGCACUAAAAUGUCAUUACAUAGCAGCCAUACGCACGUUAAUUCACUUAAAUGCAAGCUACAAGAAGUUCAAGAUUCCAAAAAUACUUUAAUAGACACUAUAUCUAAUUUACAAGAGACUCUUGACUUUUUCCAUAGCAUGAAAUCCCAAGAAAUACAAGAAAUUGAAGCUAAACAUAAGCUAGAAAUUAUAAAACUAAAAACUUCAAUUCGUGAAGAGAUAACAACAAUAAAAGAUAAGGAAGUGGAAGACUUAAAAAACAAGUAUGACGAUACUGUAAACAAGCUUCGAAUUGAUAAUUCUAAACAAAUUGAAUCUAUCAAACAGGAUAAAGACGCUAUAAUAUUAGAAAAAGACAAGAUAAUACAGAAUAAAGAAUCGGAAAUUUUACAACUCAAAAGUAUAGUCGAUGAUAUGAAACGUAGUCAAUUAAACUGCAUAAAUAAAAUGAUGUUCGAUAAACCAGAUACUUCAGAAAGUUCUUCAUCAAAAACUGAAGAGCUAGAAAGACGAUUAAACAAAAUGGAAAGAGCAAAAUACAAAAACAUUAAAAGUUUCGAAUGUAAACUGGCGCAACUACAAAGACAAAAGCAUUUAGCUGAAUGCUCAUUGCAAUUACAACUCAUGAAACAACGCACACAAGUCGUUGCCGAGGUAACAGAUGAAAAUCAAUUAGAAAUAACAGCAGCUUUAGGCAAAUUAGAGGAAAGAUAUAAAGAAAUUGUAGCUUCGGUACAAGCUACAGCAGUUCAAAGAAGAAUGCAAGAUCAGAUAGCUUUAGACUCGUUAAUUCAAGCAAUUUGUGGCACUCACGAUAAGAACAUAAACUUACAAGGAGCUAGUCAAUUGCAAAACAAAACUAUGCGUAAUUCAAACAAGAGUGGUAAUCAAACUUGUGAUAUAGAAUUAUCACCGUUAUUUCAUGGCAAUAAGGUCGGCAGUGUAGUUGCGGGCAAGCCCUUUGGCGAUGACAGUAUAGUGAACGAGUAUUGUCUUGAUAGCGAGAAACUUGGAGAACUAUUUGAAAGGGUCCACAUUCCUCAAAGGGACACUGGUGAUACUUUAACAAAGAAGUAA